AAAGUCGGUACUCACAUCUCCCCCGAUCUCCCGUCACAAUGGCCACCGCCUCCGCCACCCUAUUCUUUUCCCCGCCAGUGGUCGCCGCAAAACACUCCUCCUCCUCCCUCCAUCAUCUUCACCUCAACCACCCUCUCCUUCCCUUUCCUUCCCUCAGACCUAAACCCUCCCUUAACUCCUACUCUUAAACCCUCCUUCCUCGUCCGGGUCGACGACGGCGACGCCGAUGCUGGGGGACCCGUUGACUACGACAUGGACGAAGAAAAAGUGGAAGAACUCGACAACAAGAAUGACUUCGACGUCGAAUACGACCCUUUGGCCGCCACCUCUGUUGGUGCCGCGUCUUCUGAUACGGUUGACGUCAACAUUGAACUUACUGAAAGCAAGAGCUUCGUGUCUACUCAAGGGUGUGACUCGGAUAUGGUGGUGGAGUAUAGGAUAAAUGAGGAGGAGUUCCACAAGAUUAGCUUGAUGGAUUUUGAUCUUUUUAUUCGGAAGCCACCUGACCCGGAUAAUGAUGUUUAUGAUUUCAGGGAGAUGUAUGUCACUCCACCGGAUACAGAUGUGUAUUCUAUUCCCAAAGUUUUGGCUUGGAUGCCUCAAAGGUACAUCCAGUGUGCAAUGAGUGAUUAUGGCUGCUACAACGUUACAGAACCACCCAUUUAUGCACCUCGAGACCCUCUUUAUAAAUCUGAGAGAGAGGUCAUGAAGGUGUUUUUGACAAAACAUUACAAGAACCGGAGGCUGGGUGACCCAAUAUUUGUGCUAGACUUUGAGGAGAUAUAUGUGAUUGAUUCCAAGACCAAGUCAAUUAUUAGUGCCAAAGUUUUGGUCACGGUUCCGGGAGGAAGAAACCGGGAGACAAAGGGUGACCUACUUGUUAUACGUGAUAAUGGAAACUCCUUCAGAAUAAUUCAUGCGAGUGAAAGAGAUGAUCCAACUACUGUAAUCGAAAGAGAAGAGUGGGAUAAAACCAGACAAGACAUGGAAAGACAUCUCAGAAAGCUACGAGAUUUCAGCAUUUCGAAUUGGUUCUAAUCCAAUGAUUUAAUCGAGGUUUUAUAGUGCAGAUAAUCAUUCAACAAGUCCAGAUCGUCUGGUUUUAUUAGCAUGGUGAGAAUUAGGAUUAUAUAAAUUCUCAUUUUCUUCACCAAUGGUUCCCUGCUGUAGCAGAAAAUCCUUGAUGCUCUUGGCAUUAUCCGGGCAACCUGUUCACUUAGGGGUAGGAAUAACCCAUUAAGUUUUUUUUUUUUUGGUAUUUAUCCAAAUGGAUGUAGUAAUGGAUAUAUUUGUGCUUGUAACUCGCUCAAUUAA